AUGUUCCGCUUCCUGAUACGAGCACCACUGCUACAACACCACACGCCGCGCCGUCCACCAUUCAAUGCCGGUAUCGGCGUCAGGUACAAGUCGAUAGGCAAGGGCUUGAAAUUUGCGCCCCCGCCGGCAAAGCCGCAACAGAGCGUUCGUGUGGCAGCGCAGGUGGGACAGGAAGGGGCGGAUAUUGGCCUUUUCCCCGGUAUUUCCCUCUUCCUACUCCCCUCCUUUUUUUUUUUUUACGCAAUUCAUUCCCCACGAGGGAGGACUGAUCGGGACGAAACAGACACCUUCAUAAUGCCCACGGGCAAAAACCUCCCCUCGCUCUUCACCUUCCCGAGGGAGCGUCUCUAUCUAGAACGUAGAAGAAUCAAGCAAAGAUUAAUAGAUCUCCGAGAGUACCUACCUACCUACCCCCCCACUUUCCCCAACACUAACCCCCACCCCCUUCCCAGUAAGCUUGUGUUCCGCUUCACAACAAAGCACCCCCUCCGCUCCUCCCAAACCCGGAAAUUCGGCGAAGCCCUGCACAAGAACAUGUACACCGCCUUCGCCAUCGGCGACAUAGACGCUCUACGUCCCAUUUGCGGCGACGGUCUGCUCUUCUCCUUCCGCCAGCGACUGAGCGUCCGUCCCUCGAACGUGCGCAUGGAGUGGCGUCUACACCGUAUGCUCUCGCGCCCGCGCGUGGUCAGCUCCAAGGCUCACCAUUACGCCGUCGUCGAGAUGGCUCGGCGGCAGGUGGUCGUGCGAUUGCACUCCAUGCAGAGUCUGGCAAAGAUCACGCUAGGCAAGCGUGGGGAGGUAUUGACCAGGGAGGGAGGCGAGGAGAGGGAGGUGGUGGAGUAUUUGGUUAUAGAGAAGAAGUAUAAUAAGGGCGUCGAGAGCACUUGGAGUGUUUGGGGGACAACGGAGGAGACAACCGGUUUGUUCCAUCUUGCCCUCUUGCAUUUCUUUUUUCCCUGGGAGAGUACUGACGGUCUGGUCCAGUGGAAAAGUUGAAUCAUAUGGAUGAGCAAAAGAGGUUGUUUGGUUUGAUGUAGAAAUUUGAGACGGCGUAGAGAGGGAGGGAGAGUGUGAAUGUGUAUAUUAGUGCUUUUGUAUAUAUCUGCGUUAAACGGCGUACAGCACGGACAAUCACUCGCAAGUCCGUAAAUCUUUGUCCAGUAGGACAGUUGCUCUCUAGUAUUGUACAACACUACACACGCCCAAUACCAAGACAAUAAUUACCACCAUCGCCCACCCUCACCAUCCCCAACCAACGACAAAUUAGAAAACUUCCAACCUCCUCUCAGUCAGUCAAUCAAUCAAUCGUCAAGGCAACCCGUAAUAAUAAUACUAUUAUACAAUGCACUAUAACAACCAAACCCAAUGCGACACAAAAAAACAAACAGACAAACCAUCUAGCUUAACCCCAAGUACCACCUCCACCACCCCUUCCUUGCCUCUUCUGCGCCGACAACCUCCAACUAUCGUCGCCGUCACCGAACCUGUUAAACAGUGGCUGGAUCCUCUCGUUCCUCCUCCGCUUGCUGAGUUCGCCUUUGCCGCCGCCGACUUUGAAGAAGCUGGGGGCGCACUCGACUGCCAGGGGUUAGCACAUCAUCGUCAUCAUAAUACAGAGGGGAGAAGGGGGGGGGCAUACCAAGCCACUUCGGCUCAAUAGCAGUAGUACAAUGCAUAUACUCCUUCGUCGUCAUGAUCAGCGUAUGGAAGAUGACGUGUUCGGCCGGUUUGCCAAAAAGCGCGCUGGAGGGGUGCAUAUACACCGGUGUGCCCUCGAUUAGUGUUUUGUAUCCCUCCUGUGGAUCCUUCCUGGCAGAGUUCCUGAAGAAGCCGGAACACAGCGCCUGCCUAACCCUCAUCGUGUCCCGACCGCACGAGACGAUCUUAUGAUUGUACCGACUCAUGAUCAUUUCCAGCUGCGCGCGCACGUCCUUCGCGCGCUUCAUACUCCGCGCCUGGAUAAAGUUGUCGAAGCACCAGGGGUUCGAAAAGGCCGAGUGUUUCCACGCGUUGUAGACGUUCAGGAGGGUCAAGUGGUCGCCGUGGGGGUCGUGGAAUUUGGCCUUCUUCUGGUCGGCUUGGUUUUGCUUCUCCUUUGGGCGGUAGAAGACCGUUUGCACAGAGAGCAUGGCUACGAUGCUGAGGAUCUCGUCGGAGCAACCAAUGUCCACGCUUGCUAUCAAGACCUUGGCCAACGCAGGCUCCAUGGGAAAGUCUGCCAUUUUGCGGCCGAGGCGGGUCAGCAAGCCUUCGUCGUCCAGUGCUGAUAAGGCAUAGAGCUCUUCGAGGGCUGUUAACAUGGUGUUUGUGGGUGGUGGGUCCAUGAAAUCAAAGUGCAAGAGAUCGUUGAUUCCCAUUGCUUUCAACAUUAGAAUUGUAUGGCUCAAGUUUUGACGUUGAAUUUCGGGGAUAGAAGUUGGGAGCAUUUCGGAUUGGAAAGCGGCUUCGGUGUAGAGACGGUAACAUUUUCCAGGCCCCGUCCGACCGGCACGACCAGCUCUUUGUUUUGCCUGGGCUUGUGAGAUUGGGGUGACGACCAGAGAGUCCAUUCCUAGCUUUGGGUCAAAGGCGUUCUGCUUGACGAAGCCGGGGUCGAUGACAUAGUAUAUCUGGUCGAUGGUGAUGGAGGUUUCAGCAAUGUUUGUGGCGAUAACUACUUUCCGGCAUCCCAGGGGAGCUGGCUCGAAAAUCUUGCUCUGCAUCUCACUAGGGAGGGCAGAGUAGACGGGGAGAAUAAUCAGCUCCGGGACACUAGGUCCUAGAGCUUUCAUACGUUCGUAGAGAAUCUCGCAACUCGUGUCGAUUUCCUCCUGACCCGUCAGGAAGAGCAGGAUGUCCCCGGGUGGCUCGCUCAAGUGGAUCUGCAUAACAGUGAUUAGGGCGGCAUCAAGAUAAUCACUUUCCGGUUCCUUAGUAUAUAGAAUCUCCACCGGAUAUGUCCGGCCAGGGAUGGUAAAGAUGGGACACUGGUUAAAGUAGCCCGAAAACUUUUCCGCGUCCAACGUAGCCGAUGUGACAAUCAACUUGAGAUCCGCCCUUCUCUUGAGCGUCUUCUUCAAGAGACCGAAAAGAACAUCCGUAGCAAUAGUCCUCUCGUGCGCCUCGUCAAGGAUGAUGACUGAAUAUCGCCUAAGAUCUGGAUCGAGUAAUACCUCGCGCUGAAGCAUACCGUCCGUCAUGUACUUUAUCUUUGUCUCUGGACUGGUGCAAUCUUCAAAACGAAUCGUGUACCCAACCUCCUGACCAACUCUGCAUCCCACCUCUUCGGCCACACGCUUCGCAACGGACAUGGCAGCAACACGUCUGGGCUGGGUGCACCCAAUCAUCCCAUCAUUGGCGAAUCCGGCCUCCGCCAGGAACUGUGUCAUCUGAGUAGUCUUCCCGGAACCAGUAUCACCGACCACAAUCAACAGUUGGUUUUCCAGCACGGCCUUUAUGAGCGAAUUUCGUAAUUUGAAAACUGGGAGCGAUUCUCGUUGCUCCUUGAUACUCUUGUUCGUGAUCUUCCCAAACGACAUGUUUUUGUUCAUGGUAGCCCUCUUCCAUUCCGGCAGGUCGCCUCCUUGGUUCAGACGUGAGUUCUUCAGAUCUGAUGCGAACUUGCGAUCGUCGGGAGCUACCAUUGGAUCCUGCCAUUGGGCGUUAAGGUCGACCUUUUGUGCUUCCUCUGCCGCAAUAUCUGCAGCCUGUUGCUGCCUUAGUUCUCUCCUCUCCUUGGCCAGCGCUGUACCUCCCAUAGCUGCUCUGUUGAGUGAUCCAUCGGGAGCUUUGACAACACGAAUAGGAGAAAGCUCUAAGCUCUGUCUCGUCUGUCCGGCCAAGAACGGCGGUUCCUCCCCACGAACUUCGAUAUCAACAUCCUCCUCCUCUUCGAACUGCCCUUCUCCAGUCAAGGUUGCAUGGUACUCUUCGUCUAUAUCCGGGUAAUCGGCAGCCGAAAUUGCCCCCGAAGCGAUGAGCUGCUUAAUUUCCCAGCGCUCGGGGGAGGACAUUCGCUUUUUGACUUUGAAUUUCGAAUCGACUUCAAAAUCAGGCAGGUUAUCGGAAUCUAGAAUAGCAUACUUCGAUCCCGUACCAUCCAGCCUCUCCAUGUUGGCGCCCGAGGCGAUGCGCUUAGCUGGGUCAAGGUCUCGUCCGGUGUUUUGGUCGACAUCCUUCAUUGACAAUCCAAUGCGAGUGCCUUGAAUGCUAACAACCUUGACUUUCACAGAUUGCCCUCUAGACAGCAGAUCCGCCGGGUGGUUGACUCGAUCCUGGCGGAUUGCCGAAAUAUGCACAAGGCCAUCCACUCUGCCUUUGACAUUCUGGAGACUGACAAACACGCCGAAGUCCUUCAUCCCAGAGACUUUGCCAUUGUAAAUCUUGUAAAGGACAGGGCGCUCGUC